AUGUCGACCGCUAUCAAGAUUAACGAUGAGCCCUGCUCUGCUGGUCGCCUCCAGGAGUUCCUCGCCGGCAAGCGUUUUGAGGACCUGCCUGCCGUCAAGGCCGACGGUCUACUAGUGAAGCUCACGAUGGGCUCCGACGCCUAUUUCGCUACCUUCCACCGCGACGGACAGGCCACCAAGUUAGCCGAGGUUGACAUCAAGAUCGCCGGACCCGGUGUAACCUCUGCCGCCGCCAGCACCGCCGGCGGUCGCGCCGUUACUCUCACGGCCGCUCACGACAUCGGAUACACUGGCCUGCCCAGCCGCAAUGGCGUCCAUGUCUCCUACCGGCAGCGCGAUGCCGCCUAUGGCAGCGUCGCCGUGUAUACCACCAAGUCCGACGGGGCUGACAAGAGCAUGGUCGUCUCCACUUCUCCGAUGCCCGUCAACAUUGCCAAUCGCCUCAUGCUUAUCGGUAAGGCAAGCUCGCCUACAGCCUUCGGCAGCAACUCCAUCGUCGGCACGCCUCUCACGGUUGCUGUUCGCAUUCUUGUGAACAAAGGAACAGCCCAGGCCCCGGUCUGGCAUGAGGCUGAGGAGUAA